AUGAAGCUUCUGUUAGUGUUUUCCGUGCUGCUGCUUGCUAGCAGCCUCGAGGCCGAGCGCUGUACUCCAAUGAAAUGUCCGGCCAACGAAGUUUGGAGCUGUUGUCCGCCCUGCCCGCAAAGAUAUUUAGUGCGAAUCGGUAUGAAUUGGGUGAUCGUUUUGUUAUUUGCUGCUGGGUGUGGAAUUUGUGUGGCUCAGACCACCACCACGAGCCCACGUCCGGGUACGACCCGGACUAGUAAACCCGAACCGAAAGGACUAAUUCCUUUGACGGCUGGAGCGAAAUGUCCCAUACGCACCUGUCGACGCAAUGAGGUACUGAGAACCUGUGGAUUAUGCUACGAUAAUACUUGUUCCGGUCAGGCAAUACCGAUGUGCCAGAAAAUUUGCUACUGUGGCUGUUAUUGCAAGGUUGGUUACGUACGGACGACUACCGAUGGACCGUGUGUUCUACCGAAGCAGUGCCCAAUAGUUCCUAUAGAGGAUAGCGGAUAG